AUGGCUCGUGCCCUGGAGGAGCCCCUAGAACUAUUUGGAGAUAUAAACCUCACUAUCAGCAUGCUGAACAAGGAAGAUAAUAUUAUCAAGGAAGACAUUUAUAGUCAUCUUACUACCGUUGUACAGAAUUCAGAUAUCUUGGAUGAUGCAAUUGUGCAGCAAUUGAUUUAUUAUGCUUCUAAGGACAUGAGAGACAACAAUAUCCUCCGCGAAGUCCGAAUGCUGGCUGGGGAGGUCUUGGUGUCCCUGGCUGCGCACGAUUUCAACUCUGUGAUGUACGAAGUGCAAAAUAACUUCAGGAUCCUGGAGCUGCCAAAUGAAUUUGUUGUGCUCGCUCUGGCUGAACUGGCAACCAGCUAUGUGUCUCAGAGCAUUCCUUUCAUGAUGAUGACUCUGCUCACCAUGCAAACCAUGCUCAGGCUGGCCGAGGAGGAAAGGAUGAAGGAAGCUUUCUGCGUUGCCCUUGAAAAGUUCAGCAAAGCCAUCUACAAGUACGUCAACCACUGGAGAGAUUUCCCCUAUCCAAGAUUGGAUGUCAAUCGACUCUCGGAUAAGAUCUUCAUGUUGUUCCGGUAUAUAAUGGAAAAGUGGGCCACUGUGACCCCAACCAUGAAUACUCUGGCCAUCGUCAAGGCCCACGGCCCCACAGUGAGUCUCCUGCUACACCGGGAAGAUUUACGUGAAUAUGCCCUGGACCAGGUGCCCUGGCUCCUAAACCAGUACAAAGACAAAGAAAUUGAUUUCCAUGUCACACAGAGUCUAAGACAAAUACUGAGUGCAACUGUCCUUUAUGAUAUUUGCCUUCCAAAGCACUUGAGAAGAUCCAUCUGUCUCAACUUGCUCCAGCAGGUUUGCAGAGUCCCAGAGCCUCCAGAGAAAGAAAAUGAACUUGAAGCUUCAAGCUGUUUUCUUAUUUUAGCCCACUCCAACCCCGCAGACCUGGUGGAAUUUUUUGAUGAACAAAUAAGAAGCAAUAAUGAAGCUAUCCGAAUGGGGGUCUUAUCUUUAUUAAGAUCAACUGUCCAUGCUGAGGAGCCCAAGUUGAGAGAAUACGUGACUUCAAUUGAAAGAACAGUCAAGUUUGUCACAAGUGAUCACAGCGUCAAAGUGAGAAGGUCUGUUCUCCUCCUGAUCCAAACCAUGUGUGAAAAGAGCUACAUUGAACCCCGGGAAGGGUGGCCUCUGAUUGAUUAUGUCUUCACCCAGUUUUCAACCUCCAACAAGAAUCUGGAGAAAUUAAUAAAAUCUAGCUCUCAUGAGGACGAAAAGGGGGAGAAAUGUGUCCAAGAAACCAGCCUCGAGGUGCUAAAAACCUUGGACCCGUUGGUCAUUGGAAUGCCACAGGUGCUAUGGCCAAGACUUCUGACGUUUGUGGUACCCGCAGAAUAUACAGGGACUCUGAGCCACCUGUUUAAUAUGAUCAGAACCCUGAUCAUGGCAGAGGAGAGGAAGAACUCGAGUGACGCUGAGUCCACUGCCCUUGUCGUCUCGACCGGAGCUGUGAAACUUCCUUCGCCACAACAGCUGCUGGCCAGACUUCUGGUAAUAUCUAUGCUUGCCAGUUUAGGGAAAUUGGUUGGGGCUGGUGCAAUAGGACUUUUGAAGAUACUUCCUGAAAUCAUUCACCCCAAACUGGCAGACCUCUGGAAAACACGCCUACCCGAACUCCUGCAACCUCUGGAAGGAAAGAACGCUAGCAUAGCACUAUGGGAAACCAUGCUGCUUCAGUUGCUCAAAGAAACUUUAUGGAAGAUCGGUGAUGUGGCCUGGACCAUUCAACUGAGUCGCGAUUUCAAUCAUCAAAUGGCAGGUUACAGCAACACCUCCACUGAAAAGAAAUUCCUUUGGAAAGCCUUGGGAACCACUUUAGCAUACUGCCAAGACACAGGCUUCGUGAGCUCACAACUUAGGGAGUAUCUGAUUGCUCCCAAUCAACUAGGGGACCAGCGACAGGGAACAACAUUCAUUUUAGGAUAUUGUGCUGAGAGACACUUGGAUGUUGUUUUAAAAGUCCUUAAAGCAUUCCAGGAUCGAGAAAGGUUUUUCAUGAAUCGAUGUAAGGGUCUUUUUUCUGGGAAGAAGAAGCUAUCCAAGACUGACGUCAUGGUCAUCUAUGGAAUGGUGGCCCUGCAUGCUCCCAAAGAGCAACUUCUCACCAGGGUAGAGAAAGAAAUUAUGUUCCCAGUCCUGCUUCUCUACACCCAGUGCUGUCAGGUGCUGGGCAUGUCCGUGAUGACCAAGGACAUGGAUCUGCAAAUGAGUUUCAUAAGAAGCAUCACGGAGAUUGGCAUUGCUAUCCACGAAGCCCAGGAGCAGGAGUUCAAGUUUGCCCACAAGGAAGUGCUGCUCGGCUACAUGCUUGACUUCGUUAGGGAUGAGCCCCUGGAUUCCUUAGCAACCCCUAUUCGGUGGAAAGCCUUAAUCGCCAUCCGAUAUCUCAGUAAACUGAAACCUCAGCUCUCCCUGAAAGAUAAUCUCAGUAUUCUUGAAGAGAAUAUUCGAAGGCUGCUGCCUCUUCCAUCGCUGGAAAAACUCAGAAAUGAAGGUCAAACUGACCAGGACAAGGAGCACAUUAAAUUUCUGUAUGAACGCUCCAUGGAUGCCCUGGGCAAGCUUUUGAAGACGAUGAUUUGGGACAAUGUGACUGAGGAGGCAUGCCAUGAAAUGUUUAAUCUUCUCCGAAUGUGGCUUGUUUCACCGCGAGAGUGGGAGAGAGAAAGAGCCUUUCAAUUGACCGCAAAGAUACUAGAAAAUGAUGCUGAGGCUCCAGAAAACUUUAAAAUUGGCGCUCUUCUCGGGCUCCUGGCUCCGCACUCCUGUGACACGCUGCCCACCAUCCGCAAGGCAGCGGUUAGCUCAGCCAUCGGGCUGUUCUUCAUAAAAGGCAUACCCCUGGAUAUGGACAGGUUUCAAGGCAUGCAAGAAGGGGUGGGGUGUGAUGACGCCGAGGUCCAGAUCAAGAUUUCUUCUAAACUCGCGAAGAUUGUCUGCAAAUUCAUCCCAAGUGAGGAAAUUCGAAUAUUCUUGGAAGAAACACUGGAUGGUCUAGAGACCCUCAAUCCCACUUGCACAAAGGCCUGUGGCAUCUGGAUGAUCACCGCCCUGAAGGAGCAGGGCGCAGGGUUGGAAGAGCAGCUACUGGAUAUCUUGAACACAAUUUAUCAUCACAUGCCAGUGCUCAGACAGAAGGAGGAAAGUUUUCAGUUUAUGCUAGAAGCCGUAUCCCAGAUAACCAGCUUCCACGCGGAUGCAGUUGUUGCCAAUAUUUUGCAGAAACCCCUUCCCUUUGACAGGGACACAAAGACACUGUGGAAGACCCUGGCUGAGAACUCGGCCUCCAGUGGCAAACUCUUGCCAGCCUUACUAGACAAAUUGGACAACGAGUUAGAAGAUGACAUAUUCACAGUGGAAACGAUUCCGGUGGCCUGUGCGAUGCACGAAGUGGUAUCAGCAGGCACCCCUGUCUCAGGCCUAUACCCAGAACUGUUCACCCUCCUCUUGAAGCUGGUCAGCUGCACACUGGGCCAGAGUAUACCUACUACUUUCAUGAGCUGGAGACGGCAGGUCUUGCAGCAUGGAGAAACACAGACAGUCCCAGACCCCUGCAGAAACCGGGGCCUCUCACUCCUUAGGAGCAUGGCAAUGUGGCAGCAUGGAGUCAUACUGGAAAUCAUGGAUCACCUGAUUCUGUCUCUCACCUCUUCCUCGGAGAGCUACCGGACGACAGGCACUGCGUUCUUCUCUGAGCUCAUGAAGGAGCCCAUCCUUUGGAAGCACGGGAAUCUCCGCGACGUGCUGGUCUUGAUGGAUCAGAGUGCCUGGGACUCCAACGCUAUCCUGAGGCAGAUGGCCAUCCGAGGCCUGGGCAACACCGCGUUAGGAUCCCCGCACAAGGUGAAGAAGCACAAGCAGAUCAUGUUAGAAUCCAUCAUCAGAGGCCUGUAUCACCUCGCCCGGACGGAAGUCGUCUGUGAAAGCUUGAAGGCUCUGAGAAAGAUCCUGGAGUUGCUCACAGACCGCGAUGUGAGCUUCUACUUCAAAGAAAUAGUCCUGCAAACAAGAACUUUCUUUGAGGAUGAGCAAGAUGAUGUGAGGCUGACUGCCAUCUGCUUAUUUGAGAAUCUGGCUUCACUAACUGGAAGAAGGUGGAAGAUUUUUUAUGUUGAAGAAAUAAAAAAGAGCAUGAUUUCCUUCCUUCUCCACCUCUGGGAUCCCAACCCCAAGAUUGGAACUGCUUGCCGUGAUGUCUUGAUUGUCUGCAUUCCUUUUCUGGGCCUUCAAGAACUCUGUGGAGUGUUAGACCACCUCCUUGAUGGCCAGGAUCUACCAAGGGUCAGGGACUUCUAUCGGCAAUUCUGUGUGAAACUGGCAAAGAGAAACCAGGAAAUUCUGUGGAUCCUCCAUACACACUCGUUCACUUUCUUCAGCAGCCAUUGGGAGAUGAUCAGGAGCGCAGCUGUCAAGCUCACAGAUUCCAUCAUUCUCAAUUUGACCAGUCAAUAUGUGGAGUUAUUAGACCAAGAACAGCUGACCACAAGGCUCCAGGCACUCCGUCAAGACCCUUGUAUUAGUGUCCAGCGAGCAGCCGAAGCUGCUUUGCAGACCCUCCUGAGAAGGUGUAAAGAAAUAAGCAUCCCUCAGUAA